AUGCGUUUCUCCGCUUCCGCUGCUGCUCUGGCCAUGGCCACCACCGUCUCGGCCCACGCUCAGGUCUAUGGCCUCUGGGUCAACGGCGAGGACCAGGGUGAUGGACGCAACGUCUACAUCCGAUCUCCCGCCAGCAACUCUCCCGUCAAGGACCUCACCAGCCCUGACCUCGUCUGCAACGUCAACGGUGGCAAGGCUGCCCCUAAGUUCGUCAAGGCUGCUUCCGGUGACGAGCUCACCUUCGAGUGGUACCACGAUAACCGUGGAGAUGAUAUCAUCGAUGGCAGCCACAAGGGUCCCAUCAUCACCUACAUUGCUCCCUACACCGAGAACGACGGCACUGGUGCUAUCUGGACCAAGAUCGCUGAGGACGGUUACGAUGGCAGUGAGUGGGCUGUUGACAAGCUCAUCAAGGCCAAGGGCAAGUCCACCUUCACUCUUCCCUCUGCCCUGAAGGCUGGCAAGUACAUUGUCCGCCAGGAGAUCAUCGCUCACCAUGAGUCCGAUGUUGCCUACGCCUCCAACCCCGCUCGCGGUGCUCAGUUCUACCCCUCUUGCGCUCAGGUUGAGGUCACUGGCUCCGGCACUGCUGUCCCUGAUGAGAAGUUCGACUUCAACAAGGGCUACACCUCCACUGAUAAGGGCAUUGUCUUCAACCUCUACGGUUCUUACACCACCUACGACAUCCCCGGCCCUGCUGUCUGGAAGGGUACCUCUUCCGGCUCCGACUCCGGCUCCACUCCCGAGACUCCUGCUGCCACUUCCGCCGCCGCUGAGGCCCCCGCCGCUACCUCCGCCGCUACCUCCGCUGCUGCUGAGGCCCCUGCUGCUACCCAGCCCGCUGGUGGCAACGCCGGCUCCGAGACUCAGGCUCCCGCCCCUACUCCUACCUUCGCCACCAUUGUCCGACCCUCCGAGGGUGCCUCUGCUCCCACUGAGGCUCCUUCUGCUCCCGUCACUCCCCCCAAGACCGGCUGCUCUUCCAAGCGCCGCCGUGCUCGCCGCGCUGCCCGCCGAUCUCUGUAA